CGACGAGCAUGAUGAGGAGAAGUUGAGCUCACUGAGAGAAUCAUGACGGAAGAGUGAUUUCUUUUUCCAUUUCUAGUAUGUCGUCGCGAGUGUAACAUUUUUUGUCAUCCCAGGAACGAAAAGAGAUGAGAGAAGAGGAUCCCCUUACCCCUCCGUCCUAUCCUCUAAGAUGCUGAUCUCCACAAACCCUCGGAUUUUGCAUUUUCUGAUGAAGUAGACUGCUUUACUGGUCUCUAAACAAGUCACUACUAAAACUAGUCGUAGCCACUUUAACUUUCAAUACCUAUCUUCUAAACCUAAAGAACAACUACAGUUGUUGACUUUUACUUUGCCGACACUCGGUCGUCGGCGCCGUCGUCACGAACAUUAUCCAAUGAGCUGUUCCUCGUCUAAUUUCAAUGAAUUGAAGAAAUAUGUUGUUGCAUUGUACGUAGAGGAGAACUAGAUUGCGCAAAAUGACCGGAACGUCCCUUAAAACCUCUUCGGCGCCUGUCGUUCGCCAGAGCAGCAGCAGACGGGCUUCGUCUCCUCUCUCUAUUUUUGCUGGCGCUUCUGGUGCUCAAAAAGCCCAAGAGCUAUGUCCUCAUUUCACGAUUUUAUCCCCAGAGCAUGAUCGCGUCCAUUUUUCCAAUUUGCUCAAAUAUUCCGUACGCCCAGAACGGCCACCGGGUCACGCCCAAGAAGCAGAGACUCAAUGGACUGAUGCGCGUGUAGCAUGUAUCUGUGUAACUGGAGAAUGGUAUUCAGGGUUGGACAUGAGCUUAGCAAGGCCACCUGGCGAGGAUUAUAUGCGGAAAAUGCGGGAAAAAGAUGGUGUUGGAGGUGCGUCAAAAAAUCGGGAGUCGUCUUCGUCACCACGUGCAGGUGAAAGCUCGUCUGUGAAGAAGCAGGAGGACAAGACGAAAAAGAAGGCUUCGAUGUCGUUUAUGAAAAUCGAGAAAUGGAUGUAAAUGAAGUAGAAGUGGAACAACAGGCAGAGCACCAGAACUCUGCAGCAUGAUUACUAAGUAACUGUACUUAAUAUUGUCUAGAAAGUAGAAAAUUUUUCUGCUCCCGAAGAUGAAGACUAUGCUGGCAAACAAGAGAUGACACAUCAUGAAUAAGCCACCAUUUUUCUCCCUUCAUAUACCUACUCGGACGCGCAGACCACUCCUCAGUUGAAGCAGCUCCACUUCAUGCGCGACAGCAGAUGCUAGAGGAUCGGGAGAAGGAAUUGAACCGCACCAGAAGGAAGUCUACUAGCGGAACCUCCAGGGGGGAGAAGCGGUCGCCGCUAUUGGCUAACAGCCUUGGUUCACUGGAAUUCACUGCAGAUGUUGUAGGGGGUGAUCCUACGAAUGCGAAUGGUCUCAUUGGUGGGAAAAAUCCAACUGGUGGACAAAGAGGUGGGAGUGUCAGCAGCUCUAGUCUGCUCAACAGGAGAAAGCCUCCAUCCAGUAUAUGUACUGAUGACGGUGAAGACGAGGAGCUGCCUUUGAGUGUCAAAAAACGUCGAGAACAGGAGGAGUAUCUACGUUCUGUGGGAAAUCCACUGACGCCUGACGCAUUUGGGAUUCCUUUCAGGAUAAAGCAAUACCUUGCGAACGACUACGCUGCUAUGCCCGUGACCUGUGCUGCACUAUGUCCGCCAUUCGGAGAGGUGAAUCGGCAGGUCACUAUAGUGGCGUACGAUAGGAGUAGGAGGAAGACUAGGAGGAAGAGCAGCAGUCCUAUGCUGGAAGAGCAGAAGUAUUCACCACGCGUCACAUCGAGGACAUCACCCGAUGAGAAAAAUGUCGACGACCUCCCACUAGAAGAGGAUGAUCAUAUGCAGAAAAUCAGCUCCACAACAGCAGCUUACGUAAACGGCAUAGAUUACGGUGGCCGCCCUUGCGCAACCAUAUGCUUGUACGGCACAAUCGCUGAAGUCAGAAUUCUUCGUACCGCGAAGGAAGUAGAGGACAUCAGUAAAGCAGGCGGAAAGAAAACCACGGCAGAGGAGCUAUUGCACGAAUUGGUAAGCAGUCUAGCCCCCGCUUUGGAUCCGCAGAAGAACGAGAACGUGAGGCAAAUGCUAAUGAGUGAAAGUACAACCUUCGCCAGCUCAACUUACUGGAGUCGGUAUCCAGGAGCGUUGCACGGAUAUACUGGGUACUAAAAAUUCUUGCGAAGGUCAACAAGAACAAUUAUACUACAACUGGUUCAUAAUUAUCUUUUCCAAUGCAUGAUCAGGCUUCUGUUGUGCUCUUUUUAUAGGCCCUCAGCCGGCACUGGCUUUUUUCUGAAGAAAUUCAUUGAAUCAUCUCAGGCCUUCAUCCUUAUUCGACAUUUUGAAGAAUUUCUACUCCAUUGAAUCAUCUCAGGCCUUCAUCUUUAUUCGACAUCUCCUGGAAUUUCGGACGGGAAAAUAUAAGGCCUAUCUGGGUUUACGUAGGCGCUUUGAAGCUUUGGUCGUUACCUUAUCUGGACGGUUCUUCUUCAGCUCCUGCGUCAACUACAAUUACUACAUCAAGAUCAAGUGCAGAAGUGAUCACACAGCGCGAAGAAGCUCGGAAAAUAGUAAGGCAAUCUGCCACGGCUUGGCCUUCGAGCAGCAAAAUGGAGCAGUUGGAAAGUUAUUUUUACCUAGACUCGGUCGCUCGAUUGGUCUGCCAGGAACAACAGAAAAAUUGCAGAAAGGGAGCACGCCAACAGAUACUCAAAUCUUUAAAUGAUGGACGUGCUGUCGAAGAUCUACGAUUCUACAAGCACAGCCGAAAUCCCCAUACGUUUGCUUGGGUUAGACGACUGUGGUUACCGUCUGCUGAACAGCACCAGAAUACCGAAUUAUCCGACACAAUCGAAACCACUUCAACAAAUCAGAUCAAGUGGCCACCUCAAGUCGGUCCGUACCCAUUGGCAAGUCGUGGUUAUCCAAAACGAAAACGUGUAAAUGGAACACCAGGACCUUCUGCAACCGCGACAGAGGCCUACAUAGCAUGCAUGGACGAAAACAGCGGAUGCUGGGAUGCCAUGUGGCAUGACGAUCAUAACGACGCCAUUUUGCUGUUGCAGAUCUCCCCACUAGCAGGCAUGACAGAGCGUGUGUUUCUACGGUUAGUGAAGCAGGUGAUUGGCGCGAAAUUGACCACUGGAUUCGAUUCUGCUAUGCACUCCUAGAGGACGGAUUGAGUCCUCUUGCACAGCCCUAUCAAUCACGUACUCGACGACCAGACAGAGCCAGCGCACAUGUCGGGUCUCUUCAUUUUCCAUUCUAGGUCUACAACUUCCCGUGAACAAAAAAGAUACAACACACUUGCAUUCCAAGAAUAUCGAUAACGCUGAAUGAAGAUGUACAUAAAUACAUAGUACAACACAUACGCAACAUAUAGAAUGAUAAUGUGAGGCUUGCAGCCGGAGGCUCCACCUCAAGAGCUUCUGCUUCUCAACAAAGAUGCUGUGGUCGUGUUCGACACCUGGGCAGCUGAAUUCUAUCGACGCGCGCGUAUGCGUGAGCAUGAUCAAAGCGGAUUGGGAUCGUGGUUACCUUCAUGACGAUGUGGCUU